CGCUCGGCCGCUGCGCUUUGUUCCCGAGGCCCCGGAGGGAGCCGCUCCCCUAGGAGGAGCUCGGUUACCUGCCUCUGCGUGCCUCGUUCACCUGGACGACUGUUCUGGGGAGGUUCGGGGAGUGGGACGCAGACGGCCGUGAGGUGGGGGAAAAUAUCCCAUUUUCAGUUGCUGUGGGGAGAAAACUAGCUCUGGAAGAUCCGUUUUCCGAUGCCUUCUUUGGCCGCCACGAAUACGUGCCGGUGGCUCCGGAGUCACCGGACUUGGGCGUGCGGUUCAGUAAAGCAGGCGGUGGGUCCUGAGGGUCCCAGGAGGGUACCCCCGGCCUCGGCCACGGUCCCUGGGGCUUUCUCGUACAGAGCCGAGCCACACGGGCACAGAGCCAGCUUCUUGGGAGUUGCUGAUUGUCUUUGAAGAAACAUGAAGUCACCCUCUGUUGUUAUGCUUACUGUAGCCAUCCUGGUGUUCCUGACAUGGGUCCCCGUGUCACUGAGUUGUAACAAAGCACUUUGUGCUAGUGAUGUGAGCAAAUGCCUCAUUCAGGAGCUCUGCCAGUGCCGACCUGGAGAAGGAAAUUGUUCCUGCUGCAAGGAGUGUAUGCUGUGUCUCGGGACCCUUUGGGAUGAGUGCUGUGACUGCGUUGGUAUGUGUAAUCCUCGCAACUACAGUGACACGCCUCCAACUUCAAAGAGCACAGUGGAGGAGCUUCAUGAACCCAUCCCUUCUCUCUUCCGGGCACUCACAGAAGGAGACACUCAGUUGAACUGGAACAUUGUUUCCUUCCCUGUUGCAGAAGAACUUUCACAUCAUGAGAAUCUUGUUUCAUUUUUAGAAACUGUGAACCAGCCACACCACCAAAAUGUGUCUGUUCCCAGCAAUAAUGUUCAUGCACCUUAUUCCAGUGACAAAGAACACAUGUGUACUGUGGUUUAUUUUGAUGACUGCAUGUCCAUACAUCAGUGUAAAAUAUCCUGCGAGUCCAUGGGGGCAUCCAAAUAUCGCUGGUUCCAUAACGCCUGCUAUGAAAAGAAAAACAAACAUCCACUGAAAGUAGGGGAAAGGAGAAGACUAUUAUGCAUUUACUGCUUGAUUUUCCUGAUAAUAAUGGAUUCGCAAAGUGGAUUGGAAAAAAAAAACCCAUGAUUCGAUCAUUUCUCAAAUUCAUGUAUUUUUCUUGAGAAAUGGGUGCACUGAGCAAACAGGCCUGGCGGUCAGGGCUGGGGCUCUUCUGGAUGCUUUCAAGGCCAAGCUAAACGCAGAGCAAGGCAGCGGCAGGAAGCUGGCCUCACAGCACGCUCUGCUAGCCUUUUUGGUGCGUGAGAGGGCAUCUACCUGCCAGGUCCGGAGCCUGUGGGUGAUGACUGCCCUCCGGGGCGGGGGUGGUGCCACGGCAUCAUGCGGAGUUGCACCCCCCCCCCAUCAUCCAUGUUAUAGUUAGGUUAACGUGUGUGCAUUAUCUGAGCACACCUGGAAUUGCCCCACCGGUCACAGCACUCAGGGGCCAAGUCACAGUAACCUCGCGACCUGGGUCCCUUGCUGGCUGGACCAGGGAGCACAGGUGUCCCAAAGCAGCGUGCUUUCCAGCGGCCGGUCUGAUGGUGAGGUGGACCUCACGAUGUGGACUUCGGCUAUUCUCUCCCGGGUGUGAGGACCAGGAGCUGCUCAAAGAAUGGUGGCUCGCAGUGGGGCCUGGCCGACAGAAUGACGUCAGGAGGACCAGCAUGGCCUGAUGGGUCCUGUGCCUGCCGGAAUUGUGAAGGGACAGAAAGGGGUGUCGCAGGCUGGCCAGUCCCAAGGCAGAGCAAAGCCUCCAUGGCACAGGCUCUGGGCCUGCCUGAAUCCAGAAUGAUCUCAGCUGCAUGUUUUUGGCUUUUCCUGUAUCCUUGUGUGGGUGUUUCCUUGCAACGAACCAAUUUUCUUGAGAAAUUUCAGUGAGUCUGUGUUCUUUACAGCCCCAAAUCCCAAGUACUCCAGUGUUCUCCUAGUAUUUUUCCUCUACCCAGAUGUACCUGUGUACUUUUUCUUACAAAACCGGAUCAGUGAAAUGCUAUCUCUUUAAACUUGACAGUAUAUUGUGAGAAUUCUCAUAAAUAUCACUAAAACUUUGUAGAAUUUCCUUGCCAUGUACCCAAACUUCUGAAUAGCUGUCGUCACACAGCAAAGUCCGGUCUGCUGCCCUCCUACUGGAAAGCGUCUGCCACAGAAACCCAGAGCCCAAUUGGGUGAAGUUGUCCCCCCAGAGCCCAUCCAGCCCCAGUCCUGGCCACGCCUUGCCCGCCUUCCCCUGGCCCCCGAGACUUCUAGCAACAGUUCUCACUGUCUCGGGCCAAAACCAGUUUUUCAAGAGCAGAAACAUAUUGGAACUGUCAAAAGAACAUGAAAUGAGCCACAGAAAAGCAUGAAGCAUAACUUAAACAGUUCUACUUGUUCUGUGACAUUUUAAAAAGAGCAAAUCUGUCAUCAAGGUAAAAUACUGAAACAGAAACCGAGCACUUUGGUAUCAAGUGCUUCACGUGGUGAAGAUGGCCCUAAAGCCAAACCAUCUCAGUGGGCUGUCAAGUGACAUGGGUCUUUCAAACAACAGCUGGUCACCCUCUGCCCAUGCCUCUCCUGCUCCAGCGCCUUUGAACAUCUGUUUCUGUAGCACCUUCGGUGGCAGCCGCAACUCCCAGGUGCCUUGGUGUCCCUGAAGCCUGGGACCCAAGGACCCUAAUGCAGGACGCCCCAGGGCCCCCUCAGACUCCGCGUGGCGGCCCUGUCUGUCCCUCGAACCCUCGGCACAAACUGUGUGGUGGCCUCUCCCCCGGCCACCAUUGACCUGGGCGGAGCUCCAUCCUGAUCCCUGCACUUGUGGGACGCGGCCAGCAUCGCUAAAUGCCAAGAUGCUGUCACCACUGACACACUAAAUGCCAAGAUAAGGUCACCACCGGCACGGGUGCUCAUCCGUGUUUGUUCCUGCCCCUUGUCCCUCUGGGAUCUCUCUAGGGUCAUCCAGAAGAUUGGAGAAAACAAACCUCAAGGCUGUCAUGCUGGCUUUGUCCACGGCUGCGUGUCUUAGGGACAUGGCAGGAGAAAAAGAAAAGCUGCUCACUCCCCACGGUGUCUGCAUCUGCACACCAUCCUGGUGCUCACACCAGGGCUUCCCUGGUGGCGCAGUGGUUGAGAGUCUGCCUGCCAAUGCAGGGGACACGGGUUCGAGUCCUGGUCUGGGAGGAUCCCACAUGCCGCGGAGCAGCUGGGCCCGUGAGCCACAACUACUGAGCCUGCGCGUCUGGAGCCUGUGCUCCGCAACGGGAGAGGCUGCGAUGGUGAGAGGCCCGCGUACCGCAAUGAAGAGUGGCCCCCGCUCGCCGCAACUGGAGAAAGCCCUCGCACAGAAAUGAAGACCCAACACAGCCAUAAAUAAAUAAAUAAAUAAAUAUAUUAAAAAAAAAAAAAAACAAAAAACUCAUCCCGCUGAACACUGAAUGCCUGUGCGUUUGGCUGUGUGUUCAUUAUAUCUUAAAUUUUUCAAUAAAAAAGUGAAACCAGAGAGUAGCGCCACAUAAUAUCCUGCCUAAUAAUAUUAGGAGAGGAUGCAAAUAAAUCAGCUUUUCCCCUGGGCUCCCUGAGUUGGCCGCCGGGCCCUGUGUCCCGCCCUGCCUCUCCCGGCUCUCACUUGGCUGAUGUGCAGCCCGCCGGCUGCUCCUUCUGCCUCUGCGCCUCACACCUUCAACCCAUCCUCCUCAUGGCGCACCCCAGGACCUUUGUAAAAUGGAAAUAUUUCCAAACUUCUCCUGGCUUAAAAUCCGCAGUCACUUCUCAUCUGCUCCCUAGAGGAUAACAUCCAAGCUCCUAACGGUGCACGACCCACCUCUGUGAGUGGCCCUUGCCCACCUUGCUAGCCUCUGCUCUCACCCCUGCCUGGCUCCCAUUUUUGUGCUCCAGAAACUAAACUGCUUCCAAUUCCCCACAUGCCCUGCUUGCCUCCUGCCGGAAAUGCCCUUUCCAAAACCACCAAAUUAGAAUUGGUGCCAGGAGAAACACGCACUGUGCUUAUGGGCUUCCAAAACAGCGGUCAGGUUUUAUAUUUUCACCUUAAAUCAGGACAGGUACCCAGUUUCACCUGUGAGCCAAAUGUGACGUGAAGAUGGUGCCCCAGGCGGGGGCCUCAGGCCGUCGUUUAAGCCCCAGCUUUGCCCUUGACCGACUGCACGUUCUUUGCGGGUCACUGAGCAAGUCUGAAUCUCAUUUCCUUUUAUGUAAAACCAGGGUUACAAGCACCCGCUGUAAAGGAGGAGGAACCCAUGAACUGUUGGAUGCAGCGAACUCUAUAAACUUUUCAGAGACGCACAAAUGUCAGCUUAAGGCGAGCUGCCUGCCGUGAGCACAGAGGCAGGAGCAGAGCCCACGUGGGGCCUUGGUGACGUUUUGUCAGAUGGAUUCUGUUCGAGAAUCCUGGGAAGAAUUGUCUAUGGCUGGCUCUGGCACGUGGAACACACUAUUGGCUGCUCCAUCAAACGCCAUAAGGAUUCCUUCUCCAAGGGCAUAUUUCAGAACCUGUAGCAUCUGCCCCCAAUUAUGGGUCAUGGUAAUGCCCAUCACAGUGUGCUCCAGCAUAGACAGGCUGUGGGAAAAAUUUAAGACACACGGUGGACAGAGCGCUGGGCUCAAGAGAACCAGAUUCUGAGCCCUCCUCUGUCACCAGCUCGACCUCCUGGUCUCAAUUCCCUCACCUCCCAGGGCUCCAUGAAACUAGUGCUAAGGGCCUUUCUAGUUCUUACAUUCUGUGUGUGGCCGAGGUAGAGGUGCAAAAUGGGUGCUUUAAAACUGAGUUUUGAUUAACAUCUGUCUUUAGGUGACUCCAGGAUCAAUCGAGCCACAAAUAUUAACUGAUCUACAAUUAUAGUCCAAUCUGGCCAUUCUCACCAUCAAUGAAAUAUACUGAGCUCAGUCUACCAAUUCGUAUGCUGAUUUCUUAGGUGAAAUCUCCUUUUCGUAGGACUAAGAGGUCCUCCGUUUAAAAGAGUUAGAAAUGAGUUACAGUCAUUGCCUCUGGGGAAUGGGGCUUGACUGGAGGGGGACAGGGAAGCAUCACGUCAGAUCAUCCGGACUUUGCUUUCUACCUUCUGAAUUUUGUGCUUUCUGUUUAUACCAGCGGUUCUUUAAAAUAGUCACAUAAGUAGUUACUGAUGAAGUGACACUGUAUCCGGGACUUGCAGGGUGGGGGGAUGAAAUUAUACCGGCCAUGUAUGGAGAACUAUUGGGUGGGUGAUGGCUACUCGGGGAGUUCCUUAUACUGUUCUCUCUACUUUUGGAUAUGUUUGAAAUGUCCCAUAAUGAAAAUUUUAAAUAAUAAACA